AUGGGCGACAGUAAAGCCACAGCUGACCAACGCUGCUUGGAGAGAGUCAUUCUAAGCGAAGAUGAUCUCACGCUCAAGGAACUCCAUUCCUUCGACGACCUUGUGAUGGGGUUCUAUCCAGAGGCAACUGAAAAUUCGCGAAGUCCAUCGCCUUUCAAGGAGCCCUCAGCGUCCCCUCCUAGACCUGAGCUUUUGGAUACCGGCGUCGAGGUAGGAGUUAUGAGAGAUGAUUCAGCCACUCAUGGAACCAGCGCAAGCAUUCCUGGCUCAAAAAGAAAAGCCGAUAACGAUGGCGGGCGUUCAGCGAAACGAACCAAGGUUGAACAGCCAGGGCAAAAGGCAUACUGCACGGUAUCUGUUACCAAAAAGUCUGGUUUGAACAUCAAGUGGAAAACAGGAGCAAGUAGCUUUACUGGUCCUGAUAAAGUACUGCUAAUUGGCUACUCUUCUAUCUCAAAGGCCAAGUUUGCAGCAAUGGAGGCCCACGAUAGAUUCCAACGAAAGACUACUGCGUCCUGGAACAGAGACUACCUUGUUGCCCUUGGUCGAAAGCGUAUCAAGUAUUUUGCAGCGGCUUCGAGGAACGAGGAUAAAACUCCAGCCAUCGACGAUAACCUACGAGCCCAUCGACUGAGGAAGCCGUUGCUAGCAAGUGAUGCCCAGGAGGCUGAGCUCAAGGAGAUCUUGGAGCAUAUGCAAUGGCGAAAAGAGUCACGGGAGCACUAA